CCGCCAUCCCAGCCUUCCCUCGGUCGUCCCAAUGGAAGGAACAGUCUCAUCUUCUCCCUCAGAAAUGCUGUACAAUGUAGAGAAAAUCUGGGUCAUCCAUCAGCCUUUCCUCCUAGCGCAUGGCUAUCAGUUGCGUGAGCGGUAUCGGCCUGGGUGGCCGUGGGUUGGGACACAUAACUUUGGCUUGUACGAGGACGAUAUCGCGAAUUUCAAGCCAAGCACUCUCGAUGCGGUCCGACUCAGUGACGGUCAGAAGGUCGUUCUGAAGCGGGUCCAGACGAAUGGUGGCGAACUGGCCAUCCUUCGAUAUUUCGAAACAUUCCGCUCUGAUCCGCGCAAUCGUACGGUGCCUGUUCUUGAGAUCCUGAGUAUGGAGGACACACCUUGGUCUUUCAUCGUCAUGAAGUACGCUCGCAUAUUUGUCUAUCCACCCUUCCAUUGUCGGCAAGAGUUCUUUGAAGCAAUGCGGCAAUAUUUGGAGGGCUUGGAGUUCAUGCAUGAGCAUAAUGUCGUCCACUUUGACAUUGCUAUACAAAACAUGACGAUGGAGGAAUCCCUCAUCGUUCCCCGAGGAUCGCACUUCUGCGACCAGCGCACGCAUACAGGAAACUACGGGUGGUUCCGAUGGCGAGAUCGGUGCUCCGUGACGGAGCCCAUAAACUAUUACUACAUCGACUUCGGCCUCUCCUUAUACUUCCCAGAUGGAACAGCCACCGCACAACACACAGCCUUACUCAGAACGUUCCCCGAUUGUCCUGAGCUCUCGCUAACGAAGCCCUAUAACCCAUUCCGGGUGGAUGUGUACCAGCUGGGAUUGGCCAUGCGGAAAGCUAUCAAAGAUUAUCCGGACCUCCAAGUCUUCCGGCCGUUGGCGGAUGAGAUGAUGCAGGAGGACCCCGAAUCUCGGCCCAGUCCUUCGGAAGCUCUAGCGAGCUUGCAUAAGAUCGCGGAAUCGAUUCCGCUGGCAGAGUUCCGAGCGCGAAUAUGGAAAAGAGAUACCAGCAUCUGGAAGAAGCUUUGUCGCUGGAUUUUCGGAGGGUAUUACAAGGAUUAUUUCUUUCUGGAGGACGAUUUUGCUUUGAAUGGCAAGUAUUAAGAAUGUGAGGACGUUGCUUUUCUCGACCGAAGCGCUUCUCAGCCAUAUACAAAUCAAAUGUAUAAUGGACGGUGUAGUUUGUAGUUCGUUGCUAACAAUCCGUGAGGCUCGGAUUGGCACAUUGUGAUCAACGUGACGACGUCACUAUCGUUCUCCGAGACUCAGACCGCCCUGAGUCGGUGCUGUACACUCCAGGUUCUUCGUUCUGCGCCCAUGAGUGACUCUGGUAUCCCGACCACGAAAGAGCAGCUUGUUUCUCAGUUCGACCGGAGUGUCGCCACCGUUCAGGUGUACGCCGACGAAUUGGAGCAAGUGUAUGCACGCCCUGCUCUCCGACGCGCCACGAUUUUCUUCAAUGAGCAGCCAAUUGCCUCGGUCUUCCUCUUCGUGUUCCUUGGUCUGGCAUUCUUUCCCAUCUUGACGUUCCUGACAGCCUCUGUGUUAACUGUCCUCUCGCUGUCGCUCCUGGCGCUUGGGAUCGUCUUGGCUCUAUCCUGCACUUCGAUACUGUUCUUCUUCUCUAUCCUCGCGCUAAUCCUGAUCGCGGUCUUCUUCGUCUCGAUAUUUACAACGACUGCCGCCUUCUCAUCAUAUUCUGCUUAUCGUCUCGUGGUGUCCGUGCGCUCUGCAGGUCGUGAAGGGGUCUGGGACUGGGUGGAGGAGACGAAAGGAUAUAUCAUUAGCCAGGGAGACGCAACGGGCAGGGGACGGUAUUCUCCCGACGACACGACGGAGGAUGGAGAGCCUCUUAUGACGACAGAGGCACACGACAGCAGCGACAUCAAGGAGGAAACGUAGUUGCUUUCUACUUGUUCCUGGGUUCUUGUGGGGUGUUGUGACAGGGACUUCAGCCCCAUCGACAGGAUAAGACAUUGUGGCGAUCAUUCAUCCAUAUCUUUUGAAGAAUGCGACCGGUGUUCGAAGUGCGAGCUAUCCUGGAUAGUAUUCAACCGGCACGGAUCGCCUCAAAGAUAUCAGACCAUGGGCAGGUCUCACAAACAAGUUAUGUACCAUGAAGCGAGAGCGACAUGGGCGCACAAGCUGGGACGGGGCUGCCAGACUCUCAAGAGACUAUCGAUGAGUGAGUCGGUUUUCGACAUUCCGUUCGGACCUUCUUUGGAAAUUUAGUGCUGUUUUUCACUGUCACGGGAAUAAGUGUGAAGGUCCAGCUUCGUGUGCUGUCACUUUCAUUUGUUUGAGUGUUCAUAGAGCUAGCUUCAAUUUCCGUU